GGAUGACAUCGCCUUCUGGUAGACUUCAGAACUGAAGCCUCACAAUGACAGAACCGGAGACACUGGCCCUCCUGGAAAUGAAGGAACCGGAGGCGGCUCCGGAGAAGAGCCCACCACAGGCUUUAGUCCCCACUGGCCGGCAGCCAGAGGAAGAAGGUGGGACAGAGUCCCCUGGAGCCGAGUCCCUCACAGUGGGGUCUUCAUUUGGGUCUCCUGUUGUCAGAGAGGGACCCGAGGAUGGUCCAGACAGCACAGUAAGUGAGGCCGCCACUUUGCCCUGGGGAACUGACCCUCAUCCCAGCGCCCCACUUCCGGAUCCCCCGGGCUGGCGAGAUAUUCAUCCAGAACCCCUCGAGUCGGAAGCACCUACUAAGUCGGAGGAACCAUUCAAAGAUGAUGCCAACCUGCUCCCUGAGAAGGCAGUUAGGGCCUUCGUGCCCAUCGACCUACAGUGCAUCGAGCGGAAAUGCCAGGAAGAGCGCAUCGUGCGUCGUGAGACCGGCCAGGGUGAGCGCAGGAAUUUCCUGCCAGCCCGACUCAGCCACCCUGAGCCCCUAGAGCGCAAGUGGGCUGAGGCCGUUGUGAGACCCCCCAGCCGGUCCUGCGGGGCCUGUGGAAGCUGCGGAGGCCGUGAGGCGCUGAGAGCUGUAGCCUCGGUGGUGGCUGCCCUCAUCUUCUUCCCCUGCCUGCUGUACGGAGCAUAUGCCUUCCUGCCCUUCGAUGCCCCGAGGCUGCCCACCAUGAGCUCCCGCUUGAUCUAUACCCUCCGCUGUGGGGUCUUCGCCACCUUCCCCAUCGUGCUCGGGCUCCUUGUGUAUGGGCUGAGCCUGUUGUGCUUUUCUGCCCUUCGGCCCUUUGGAGAGCCCCGGCGGGAAGUGGAGAUCCACCGGCAGUAUGUGGCCCAGUCGGUGCAGCUUUUCGUCCUCUACUUCUUUAACCUGGCCGUGCUUUCCACCUAUCUGCCCCAGGACACCCUUAAGCUGCUGCCCCUGCUCACGGGUCUGUUUGCCAUAUCUCGGCUGAUAUACUGGUUGACCUUUGCUGUGGGCCGCUCCUUCCGCGGCUUUGGCUAUGGGCUGACUUUCCUGCCACUGUUGGCCAUGCUGAUGUGGAACCUCUACUACAUGUUCGUGGUGGAGCCAGAGCGCAUGCUCACUGCCUCCGAGAGCCGCUUGGACUACCCGGACCAUGUCCGAUCUGUCUCCGACUACAGGCCCCGCUCAUGGGGCUGAGCCACCCCUAGGGUUAUGCAGGGGUGCUUUUAGCGCUUCCCCAAAACAGUUGCAGGCCUGCCCUUUGCCCAGGCAAUGGACUUUUGAUAUGAGGAACCUUGCUACUUCCCUAUAGGGGCCCUGUCCAGGGGGGCCCAGAUAUCCCUAUUCUCUCCUAGUUGCUGCCUAGGGGAGAGACUGGAGAAGCACACUUCCUUCUUUGGCAGCCUCCCACCAUGCCACGGGAGCUAAAGCCUGAUGGCUACCUCACUCCUCAGCUUCCUGUGGGUAGGGUGCAGAGUCACAGCCACACAUCUGAUCUGUCCAUGCCAGCUAUCUAGGGGAGAGUCGAGGAGAUGGAAAA